GUGGAAAUUGGGCGUGAUGCUUAGAGGCUCGGUCCCGGGCCUCGGAACCGACAGUCGGCGUGUCAUUACGCAGAGGAGUCGGAAGCAGGUGUAAAAUGAUGAAGAACUGGGGUAUGAUUGGUGGCAUUGCUGCAGCCCUUGCAGCUGGAAUAUAUGUUUUGUGGGGUCCAAUCACAGACCGAAAGAAGCGCAAAAAAGGACUGGUGCCAGGGCUACUAAAUUUGGGGAACACUUGUUUCAUGAAUUCCUUGCUGCAAAGUUUGUCUGCCUGUCCUUCAUUUAUUCAUUGGCUUGAGGAGUUUACUUCUCAGUACCAGCUUGAACAGAAAGACACCGCUCCUCGAUAUCUGUCUGGUACUUUGCUACAACUUUUAAAAGCUUUAUCUAACCAGGAGGCUGCAGAGGAAGAGGUGAUAGAUGCCAGUCCUCUCCUUGAUGUUCUUCGGACAUACAGGUGGCAAAUUUCUUCUUUUGAAGAGCAGGAUGCACAUGAAUUAUUUCAUGUGUUGACCUCAUCAUUAGAAGAAGAGAGAGAUGGUCACCCCCAUGUAACACACCUCUUUGACAUCCAUGCUUUGGAGGUCACCCCAGUUUGUGAACAACAGAUUCACUGCAGAACCCAAGGCAUGAUAAACCCUAUCCCUAGACAUUGGAAAACUCACCACCCUUUCCAUGGAAGAUUGACUAGUAACAUGGUUUGCAAGAACUGUCAGAAUCAGAGUCCUAUGCGAUAUGACACCUUUGACAGUCUGUCGUUGAGUAUACCUUCUGGUGCAUGGAGUCGUGCGAUAACACUUGACCACUGCCUACAACACUUCAUAUCCACAGAGAGUGUUAAGGAUGUUGUUUGUGAAAAUUGUACCAAAUUACAAGCUCAGGAAAGGACAAAUGGGCAGCUAGCAGAAGAUCAGAAAACUACUUUUGUUAAACAGUUGAAAUUGGGAAAGCUUCCUCAGUGUUUGUGCAUCCAUCUGCAGCGUCUGAGCUGGUCUAAUCAGGGUAGCCCACUGAAACGCAAUGAACAUGUCCAGUUUAGUGAGUUUCUGGCUUUGGACAGAUAUAAGUAUCGGCUUGCUGGAAAUUCCCUCUCUCAGCAUCAAAGCAGUACUUGCAGCAGAACAAUUCCACAAACAACAGAUGGAUCAGCAGUUUCUGAUGGUCUUCAUAAGAUUCAUUUAUUGAAUGGAGCGUAUUCUACUUCUCUAUUGUCAUCUCCGUACACAAACUCAAAGUCUCCUCCAGCAGACUGCACUUCUUCCUCCUAUCUCUUUCGUCUAAUGGCGGUCAUUGUUCAUCAUGGUGACAUGCAUUCAGGACAUUUUGUUACCUACCGACGUUCCCCUCCUGCAGCCAAGAGUCAAAAGCAUUCCAGCCAGCAGUGGUUGUGGAUUUCAGAUGACACAGUGCGCAGAGCAAACAUACAGGAAGUUCUCUCGUCUUGUGCUUAUUUGCUGUUCUAUGAACGUGUGUUUUCAAAGUCCUGUAAUCUAGUACAUGAAACCAGAGCAGAGGAAUAA